AUGUCCGGCCCUGAACGAGAUGACUUUAUCAAGGAGCAAAUGGGCUGGUCACUGCAAAUCCCAUACUCCGAUGAACUAUACAAAAGCCGACCACUGACACCCCAGCUGUGGAGGAGGGUCAUCGCAAUGGAAAGGCUGAGAAUGAUCAUGGGACACGGGCCAUCGGGAAAUACGUGGAAGAAGUGGCAAGAAGACCUGCGGUUUCGCCUUCGCAAGUCCAAUAUGAGGGACGUCAGAUUCAUCUGUAUAGACACCGACAGAGUAAAGCGAUUGCCUAAAGUGCUCGAGGGGGAGUGGAAGAGACGUGUCACGUCGUUCCAACUGGGCGUGGCUAUUCUCGAUACGCGGGAUCUUCGAGACGCUGUCGUGGGCGCGGUGAGUAUGCCAGACCCGUCCAAGAUAAUCCAGACGUAUCAAUUCGCAGUCCAGUGCGAGCCGCCCAAGUAUGAAGAUUUCUUGUUCGGCAAGACAGAGGCUAUAUCUAUCAGUGAUCUCAGGGCCAAGUUCCACGAGUGGAAUUCGGGACGGGAUGUGAUCGGCAUCGCGUACUCGGCUCGCAACGAUAUAAUUGUCCUGCGAGACUUCAACAUUGUCAUGGACCACAUAUUCUGGAUCGACCUAUGCCAGGCGACAUACAUGACUGUCCGAGAGCCCAUGGCGCCCUCGCUGGGGAUUCUGCUGAGAUUACUGCAGAUCCCCAACAGCGGCCUCCACUCGCCCGGCAACGACGCCCAUUUCACUAUGCGAGCGCUCCUCGGGAUUGCAGCCUUGGACGUGACCCGAGACUUGGAAUCCGGGAGCCCUGUCGAGCAGAUCCCGCCGUGGUUCGAUCUAGCUGUCAAGAUCGCUCGUUGUCCAGUACCCUCGCCGCCUCCAAAACCUCCGAGGUUGUUAAAGGCACGGGCGAGGACGAGUGCGUGGAAACGUAAGCUGUUGCGCAAACGGAGGCGGAGGCCGAUGUUCUAG